AUGUGAUUAUGAGAAAAGCCGGCAUGAAGUGCCAGAAAUGUGAAGUUGGUUUAUAUGUGGAAACAAAUUUCUUCUUCGUCUGAAAAUACCACAGAUGCAAAUCUUCAAUCAGAAGCACAGCUCUCUCUAUCAGAAACAAAUGGAGAGGUUCAAGGUUGUGGAACGAGAAACAAAGACCAAAGCGUACUCCAAAGAAGGUCUGGGUGCUGCACAGAAACUGGACCCUGCACAAAAGGAACGUGAUGAAACUGCAGGAUGGCUGGCAACUUCCAUUGAUGCCCUCAAUCUCAAACUGGACCAGUUUGAGUGCGAGAUUGAGUCUCUGUUAGCGGGGAAGAAGAAGAGGUUAGAUAAAGACAAGCAGGACCGAGUAGAGGAUCUGAAAAGCAAAGUUGAAAAACACCGGUACCACAUUCGUAAACUGGAAACUCUUCUGCGAAUGUUGGACAAUAUGUCUGUGGAAGUUAGUCAGAUAAGGAGGAUUAAGGAUGAUAUAGAGUACUAUAUAGAAUCUUCACAAGAUCCAGACUUUGAAGAGAAUGAAUAUAUUUAUGAUGACAUCAUAGGGUUGGAUGAAAUAGAAUUGUCAGGAGUUGGCCUCCCAUCAUCUGCAACAACAGACAGCAACAACAGUAAUGACACAGGAGGUACUCCAACGUCCACCACAUCGGGUAACUCACCUGUCCCAUCUCCUCCCCUUAAUGCCCUGCAUAACCAUUCCAGUGACAGCUCCAACGAAGACAAGAAAAAAACAAAGGAUGACCUGCCAGCAAAGCCUGUGAAACCAACAGCUGUCAGAGUCAGCAACAGCAAUUCCUUGAUUAGUUCCAGCAACUGCUCACAAGUUGCACUGAAACCAGUCCUUAACUCAAGUACACCCAGUAAACCUGUAUCAGGUUCAGUGUCUCACUCCACACCUAACAAUAGUUCUCCAAGUUCAGGGCUUAGUAAUCACAUAGUUGGCAAUUUCGCAGCAGUUGCUGCAGCCAACACACAACCGAACACUACUUCCAGUAAAAACACAUCACACAGUUCAGAGAAUGGGAGUCUGCCAUCCAGUACAGCAUCAUUGCAGCAACAGCAGCAACCGCCAUCAUUAUUACAACUCACAACAUCUCCUCCACACGUAACAUCAGUGAGUUCAGCUAGCUCUGCCCCUGCAUCUGCAUCCUUACACCAUCAGCAGUCUUCGUCAACGUCUGUAUCAGUGGCAGUGGCAUUAGUCCAUCACCAUCACCAGCCUUCAUCAGGAACACAUGGGCAGACGCAGUCUACAACACACCACCAACAACCUACACCCAGAGAUAUGUUGACAUCACAGGGUGGAAAUGUUACAACGGGUAGCCAACUGGUCUCUGCACUGUCCCAACAAACUGCCAAACAACAGCAGUGUCUGGUCAACUCGAUGGAUCAUCAUCAACAUAACUCAUCAUCCCCACCUUCAUCAGUAAGCAGUGCACCGUCACCUCUCCCCACAGCGGGCACGACAACUCCAUCGCCUGCCCAGCAGCAGCAACCCCCACAACCCACACAUCAGGGUUCCAUUUUGCCUACGUUAAAUGGGCCCAUCACGUCAAAGGUUCCUGAGGGUAUGUCAUCUCUGAAGGUCAUAGCACAACAAGUUAUUGAUCGUGCUGGUUUGGAGAUACCACCAUCAGAACCAGCCCGAGGGUUGUUUGACAGCAAAUUGCAACAGCAGCAGCAGCAGUCAGUAACGUCAGAAGCACACAUCCCUCCACUACUAGGUGUUGCACCACUGGGUCCAGUACCACUCCAGAAGGAACACCAGUGUCAAUUCCAGAUGAUGGAGGCUGCAUUUUACCACAUGCCACACCCAUCUGACUCUGAAAGAUUGCGGACUUACCUUCCACGCAAUCCCGUCCCUACACCUCUUUAUUACCAUCAGGUUCCACUGCCACACUCGGAUACAGUGGAGUUUUUCCAGCGAUUGUCGACGGAGACUCUCUUCUUCAUCUUUUACUACAUGGAGGGGACCAAGGCACAGUACCUGGCAGCCAAGGCCCUUAAAAAGCAGAGCUGGAGGUUCCACACAAAGUAUAUGAUGUGGUUCCAGCGCCAUGAGGAACCCAAGAUCAUCAACGAGGAGUACGAGCAGGGAACAUAUAUAUACUUCGACUAUGAAAAGUGGGGCCAAAGGAAGAAGGAAGGUUUUAUGUUUGAAUACAAGUACUUAGAAGAUCGAGACCUGAACUGAAUUGAACUGAACUGAUAAGAUAAUAAGAAUCUGCCAGAGUGGGAUUUUCCGUUUUCCCCUAGACGGAUAUGUCCACAAGUGAUAUUGUAUAGAACAUUUUUUUUUUUGUCCUCUCACAUCUGGCUCGACAGGAUUUAUAUAUCCCACCAUAAGUCUCCAGGGGAAAGAGAAAAAUACAUUGUUUUGGUACAGGUUAUCAUUUUUAAGAAUCUUUUUGUUCAUUAACUUUACUGAGUAUCCAGCUGGAACAUGUUUCCUGAUGGUGCUAGGACGAUCUCUCAAGUCACUUGUGUGGUGGUGUGAGAGGAAAGAGACACCAAGUGAGUCAGUAAGACAGUGAGUUACUAGUGUACAAAGUGUAGAAUGAUGAUAUUUCUUGGAAAGAAUCAAUAGUCAAUGGUGCAGUCCUGUAGAGACAUCCAUCAUUGCCCCAUCGCUCGUCACAUUUCUUUGAGUAGAGGGCUUGCACAUCCUCUUUCUACAAAGAAGAUUCUUACUAAGAAGUCGAUGCAACAGCUGUUGUAGUUUGUGAUUUAUUUUCCUAAGAUCUAGUGGUGGUGCAACUUAAAAAAGAUUAAAACAGUAUCACAUUUUCAAGGUGAAAAAUACCAGUACAAAUAUUGGCUAGGAUGAAGGAGAAGACAACGAGACAGAUAUUUGAUUGGUGUGCCCACUUUGCUUCUCCAUUCACCUGGCCUCUGUGUUCUGCACUGAGCAUUCUGAUGCCAUUCAUGCACGUGCAAAGUACUUGUGUUAGUUUUCACUUUUGUAAAAAGUACAUGAAAAUGGUAUAAAAUAAUUAAUGAUCUGUACAGAGCUAUUUGUGUAGAAUAAUUAAUAAUAAUAAUGAUUAUGGAAGAAAAUAUGGAUUACAUUUAUUAUUUUGCACGUUGACAAGAAUUGCUUCAUGCUCUGUGGAAUGCAGAAGCAGAGGUGUGGGGUCAGCGGGUACUAGGUUGUGGUGGACUUUGUUUUAAAAUAGCAGCUGAAUGUUCAGGGAAUUUCAUAAUUAAUGCAUACAAAACAUUGUUGUUUAAAAAAAUGAAAAGAAUGAAAAAAAUAGGUCUCUACGUUCAUCAAAACAUUUCAGAGUGAAUAUUAGAAUUUCUUUGUAAUAAUGACCUGGGACCCAACCUUUUAAUACCAUCAUUCAGCUUUCAGAGAAAUUCAUUUGCAAUAUUUUAAUUUGUUAAAAAAUCUGUAAGUGUUCUUGAAAGGAAAGCCAUUUAACAGAUAUUGUUUUUCAGUAGUGAAGUAGUUAUUACUGAAUGAUAUCUGUGUAAAUGGCAUUCGUAUCUUUGAACAUGUAUAUUCUAUUCUGUUAUGUCGAAAAUGUUGGAUUUGGGUUCCUCCAAAUGCAUUUCUGUUACUUUUUUCUUGGUGCCAAUCUUCCAUAUCCUCAACAGUUUGAAUCAGGCAAGACGAUUGUAGAUUGUAUUCCACAGAGUUGAGUGUUUGAUGCAUUUACACAUUGUGUUCCCAUGUUUAUUUUAUUGUAGUAUACUCCAGUCCCAAUUCCUUUAGGUCUUUAUGCCAGUAUUACAGUACUGGAAACUAAUGGCAUUUACAUAUACCUUGAAGCACUAGUUAAGAAAAGAUGCUUCCCUUCCUCAUGGGGAGCAAAGGCUCAGACUGGUCACAUCCAAUUUAAGAACCAGUCUGUUGUUGAGGCAAUGUGCAGUUUGCUCAAUAAUGAUUUCAGUAAUCCCUCCCCCUCUCUUCCCUGGCUGUGCUUGAUUGUCAGGGGUUCUGAAGCUGAGGAUCCAAGUAAAAAAAAGCUGGAGCUCUUGAAUGAAGAUCAAGUAUGUUUAUGUUACAACAAACAUUACCAUUAUGGAAGUUAGACCCAGGAUUUAUACUGAUUUAUGUCAUUGUUCAUGGAGCUGUCUUUGCUUGAGGUCAUAUUUUGCACUAGGAAUUACUGACUUCAAGAACAGAUCUUUCAGUCAAUAGAAAUUUCAGACAAUAAAACUGCUUUGUUUUAUUAUAAUGUCUCUCGCUAAUAUUCUUGUUUGUAUAUUAUAAAACAGGUGUUGUUUAUGCUCGAUGGGAUGGCAUGAAACAAGUUUCAAGGUGAACUAAAUAAGUAAAAUUCCAGAAAGUUUUAAUGGGUGGAACCCAGUGAGUUUGGCAUAGUUUUAUUUCAUUUGCUUUUUCUUGAAUUGUAUUUUAUACAGAAGUAAUAUUCGUAAAAGAUUUCUCUAGUUGAGGGAUCACACAUUUGAUAUUAUUACUAAAUUUUGAGUAGUGUAUAUAUAUUAGUGGUACAGUUUCAUAUAAAAUGUAGCUACAAAUCCUUAUAAUGAAAAACACUGAGAUAUCUCUUUCUUAGUUACAAAUUAAAAGGGUUCCAUCAAAACUGAGACAUUGUGAUAAGGUUUGCUGUAAUGUAUAGUGUUUGUUGUUGUAUUUCAUGCGAACCCAUGUGGGCUAUAAAAGAGCAGUUUUAUUUUAUGUGAAAUGUAUAUUUUUUCAACAAUUAACCUGAAAGAAAAAUCCAUGCUUUUCAAAGCUCGUUUUACCUUAUUUUUCAUGUAAGUGCUAUGAAACAUGGUCUGCAGGCUUAUUAAAGAACUUUGAUAUUUGUAGCAGCAGUAUUACAAUAUAAUUGAACCUGAAAUUGCCAUAAAAGGCCAAGAAUAAGUCACUACUUCAUAUAAUGUAGAACUUAUGGAGAUUUAAUAUAAUAGUGCCCCUAAACUUGGUUUGACAGCCAUACUGCAAGUUUUAUAAAGUGAAAGUAUGAGAGGAAAUCAGGAAUUAUUUUUAUCCUUUGGUCAUUUUAACUGAAUGAGAAAGAUUGCAUACCAGGUUAUUGUAAUAACUUAUUCCUUAUAUACCAAUGAUGUAGGCAAGUGGCUGAUGAUUUUUCCCAGUGUCAUGCCCUAUCAUUGAUUAGUUUGUAGUUCCCAUUUCAUAUUAUAAGUUGUAAUCCAAUUAUCCACACUUGAAGCUGACAGUAAACACAAUGGUCUACUUAAAAUUCAGAUAUUAGUAAUACAGUUAAAUUGAAGUUUGUUAAAUGUUUACAUCCAUCUUAUUUGAACUGGACUAAAAGUUCUAUAAAUGUGCAUUAGAUAAAUUACAUUUUGUGUGAAAACCGAUUUUGAUUGAGUUUGCUAUAUUUUUUUUGUCACUCAGGUGUAUAAUACUUAUCAGAAUAGAUGAGGUCAAAUGACAUGCAAAUCUAGAAACAAGGAAUUGGUCUUAUGUGGAGAAAGUAUUAAAAUAAUGUUCAAAGUACUUAUAGGUGCUCUUGUGAGUAAUAAGUUUUGUUAUUUAUUCAUAAGAGAUGCAUUAUAUCUACAUGAAUUUAAUUAUUGACAAGCUGCAACCAUUUUCAUAGCUUCAUUUACAAAAUAGUGUCUUACAGGAAUUCUUACAUCAGAACUUUACUUAACAGUGUUUUAUAAGCAAAACUAGAAAAACUGCUUUUGUGACAGAAUCACAAAAUGCAUGUACAAACUUUAGCAGACACUUCACAAAUUUUACCUGUUGAAUCCUGACUGUAGAUGGGCUUGCAGACAUUAGUUAAUUUGUAGGAUUUGAGUUUUUCACAGCAGCAAGUAUGAAAAUGACUGUAUCCUGGGUUGUAAUGUUAUGUAGUCUGGUAGUAGUUUACUAACGUUUCUGCCUUCAUCAUUGUGCUAAUGAUGGAGGCAACAAGUACCACUGAAAUGUUGGUAAACUCUACCAGACUACACAGCAUUGCACAACUCAAAAUACAGCCAGCCAUCUUCAUGUUUGAAUUCCUAUAAUACCUGUACUAAUUACACAUCCAUAUUAAUUUUAAUGAAUCUUAAAUAUCUUUUACAGUAGCAAUCUGUACAUUUCAUUGAGACUUUAUAUCUGCACUCCAAUGAUUAGUAAUGUAUACUUUAUAACACAAUAUACUAUUUGAAUUAUGUAAACAAAUAGUACUGUUUUAUAAAAUAUUAUUAAAUUGUUGGAAAUGUGAAGUGAAAAUAAUCAGUUCUUAAUUUUUCAAAUAUAGACAGACUUAUUAAUAAAAUUAUUUUUUUUAUCCAUGGUCGUUCAGUGUCUUAGUAACACGUCCAACACACGAAAUCUUGUAGUAUAUCUUUUUAAAAUUUAAUACAAUUCAUAUGCAUAGUAAGCUGCAGUUAAGACUGUUGUCAUUCUUCCCAUAUUUUCAUCAGUUGCAUUGGUGUGAAAUAUCCAGUAACUUGUAGAUAGAAAAUAAUAUACUUUUAAUUCCCAUCAUCUUAUAAAUAGUGCUAGUAAUUCUGAUCCACCAUGUCAGCAUUUGUUACAAUGUUUCAUAAAAUAAUAUAUGCAGCCAGUAAAGCAGAAAACACUGAAGCACAGAUCAACAUUUUUGUUCUUAGUGGACAUGUGAAACAAUAUCUCACGUUAUCUGUUCUUUAAAUGUUUGACAGCAGUUGUAUUACUGAUUUCUUUGUUUUGAACUUUAUCCACCACAAGCUGAUUGUUAUUAACAAAUCACGAUGUUUUAUAGGGUCUUCCUGUCUCUUCAGGUGCCUGCCCUCUCUCCUUUCAACACCUGAAGAUGAAGGAUGAGCCAUCUUUUGAAACACUGUGAUUUGAUGAUAAUCAACUGACAGUAGGUGAAGUCCACACUUUAACUGGUUUAUUCAGUCCUUGAAUAAAAUAGCUUGCAUCUUUUGAUAGGUAAAAGAUUGUAUCCUCCAAGGUAUAACUUAAAGACAUGGAUUGCUGUUUCAGGUUUGUUGUAAAGCUAACUAAAAUUGUAUUUGUAUGGAAUGUCAGUGAUUCUUGAACCACUCUAGAACUGUGUUACUACCAUAAAGCAAUUCAACAAUUUAUGUUUUCUUAAAAAACAGUGAUAUGUCUGCAUAUUAUGUUGUCUUGACCAAAGUACAUAAUGCAAGUGAAAUUUGGCUGAGGUUGUAGAAGACUUGGAUCAAUUUCUAUUUUUACUUGACUGGAGGUUCAAGGAAGUUCUAAGAAUGUAAAUAUGACACCAAUUUUUAUAUAUAAAACUUUAAUUUCCCAAAUGUUUCUUCAUAUAUAUAUACUUGUCCUGAUUGACAAGGUCUUAAAAAACACUCUUAUCUUCAUUGCCCUGUGAGUGUAUUUUGUAAGUUCCUAUUUAUGUGCCUACAGGAUAAUUAUUUUUCUUAUUCUGUUGAAUUUGGUUCCAGCAUCUUAAGGUGCACAUAAUAUGGAGUGAUAAAUAUGCAAGUGGUUAUUGUUUAAAAAAGUGUUUGUUUCAUUUAGAUAUGGGAUCCGAAAAGUGAUGUAGAAGCCCUGACAGAAGUGAGUAUGGCAUGAUCUCAGAACCGCAUCCCUUUUCCAUAUAAUAUCAUUUUCGCAGCAUCUGUAUUCACAUAUCGAAAUUCAAGUAUUGAUUGGUUUAUUUGCAAUUGUUUUCAACCACAAGUCUUUCUUAAAUUUUGACUGACUGUAUUGAGAGAUGUACACUAGAAUUGUCUUAUAUAAAUGUUUUUUUAUUUGUUAAUAACUAAAAUUUCAUAUUGAAAACAUUAAAAAUGCUGAUAAUGCUACAAUGUACAAGUAUUAAAUUAUAUUUUAAUUUAAA